AUGGCCCCUUCCGGGGUUAAACCUGGUCUCAUAAAGGAUCCUGCCAUAGCUGCCCUCUUCAGCAAUAAAGAUCCAGAGUCCCGAUAUGACGAUCUUCGAGAAAUUGGACAUGGGUCGUUUGGAGCC